CCUUCAUAUAAACCGGUGACAAAGUGGCGAGCAGCGGCCCCCGGGCAGCAGAGAUCACAGCACAGAGGGAGACAGAGAGAGGAGGAGACCGGAGCACCGAGCACCGCGUACAGACGCUGCAUCCACAGCAACACACCGGGGAGCCACCGAGAAAACACACGCACAGCAACAGCAAAGCAUUCACCGCUUGUUUUGUUUUUAAAAAAAAACAAACAGAAGGAACUAAUCCGAACGAAGCAUCUUUUAUCCCACCGACAGACCUGUUUGUGGCUGUAGAGAUGGGUGUCACCUCUCGCUCUCUGCUAUUGGUUUGCGCAUGUUUGGCGGCUGCGCUGAUUGGUGGAGCACGCCCGGAGGGGGUGUGUCUUCGGGACGGAAAGCACAAGGCCACGCCCAGCCCGGAGCCACACCUGAGGGAGUGCGCGCUGUACGCCGACAAUAGCUGCUGCACAGAAGAAGACAUCGAAGACAUCUCCCAUGUUCCCUCUGUUAUCAACAAGAACGAACCCUGGGACAAGUGUGGGCCUCUCAGCCCUGUGUGUGAAGGCUUCCUGAAGCGCGUGUCGUGUUUUUACCGCUGCUCCCCUGAUGCCGCGCGCUGGCCUCAUCCCCACCGCCGCUCAUACAUCCAGGCUGUGCCGCUCUGCCACAGCUUCUGCCGUGAUUGGUUUGAUGCAUGCAGGAUGGACUUGACGUGUGCUCGUAACUGGGCCAGAGACCCCAGGGGACAGAACUGCACUGGAACCUGUGUUCAGUAUCAGCAGAUGUACCAGCAUGGCCGGGAUCUUUGCGAGAGCCUGUGGGGUGACGCCUUCAUGACAGUGGAGGAUGAGCCAGAGGAGGUGGGAGAGCCUGGAGAAGCUGGUGACAGCGGUCACCCCUGCGGCUGCCUGACCCUCAGUCCCUCAGACAAGGAUGUGAUCGCUGCCCUCAGGGCCCAGCAGGAUGACCCGGAGGAACUGGAUACCACCAAGACUGGCCUGCCUCAGUACCGCGCCCCUUGCCAGACCAAGCUGCCCCUGCAGGCCAGGAGCGGUAGGAAGGGGAACUCUGUGCUGCGUAAGCGUUCGGUCAUUGUGGACGACGGGGAGGGGAGCGGGAGCGGCUUGUAGAGAGGAAUGAUAGAUCAAAAUAUAUUUAGAGGUAAUUGUCUAGAUCCUAAAUUUAUCUUUUGAAAUUGAGUUGUAACCUUGCUCCUCUAACUAACCUUACAACACAAACCUAAGCUCUCAUUAUCAGUAUCAUCACAUUUCACAUAUAAUCUCUAUGGUUUUAAAUGUAUCUGGUUUAAGGUGUCACCUGGUCAGUUAUUUGUUUGAACAACCUAAACAGCCAGGAUUUUAAAAAAUAAUUACUAUUUAAGACGCCACAGCUGAACUGGCAUUUAAAGACAAAACCCUGAAUUCUGUAAAGGCACUGACUUCAAUAAAACUCUCCUAAUAUAUUGCUAAUAUCCCAUAAUGGCUGCACUAAUGUUUUGCUGCCAGCCAACAAGAUGAAGAUUUAUUUGCUUUGUAUGGCUCAGUAAAACACAUCAUUCCACAUUUUCCGGAGUGUUAAGUCUUGCACAUGGGAGAUGUUAAGUCCUGUUUGUGCUUAUGCAUGAAUUAAACAUGUCAUCAUUAACCAGAGGACUAUUCAUGUCAGUAUUGUAAACAUGAUAUACCUGCACCAGUACUUCACUACCCUGCUUCUCUUUUCAAUCAUCUAGGUGACUUUAAUCUGUGCAUUAGUCCAUUAUAGUUACAUGCAGAACUUGCUGUUGUGAUGCUGUACCGUGCAGUCUGCUUGUCAUGAGGUGUAUGAUAGUGGAGAAGGUCACGCCAAGUAAUGAUAAAUAAUGAAUGUAACUUAGGCUUUCUAACAGAGACUACUAAAGCAUCUGGUAUGAUAAUAAGACUGGAGGAGUAUGCCUAAUACCUGAGGGAAGGUUUAAUAUUCAGAAACUAAAUCUGCCUACCAGCCAGAGUAAAUCUGCCGAGGCAGCAUUCAUACCAGAUAAGGCUGUUCUGGUAGUUUGAUCACCAAUGUACUGUGGGUGUUUCUUUUAUAAUUACAUCAUGUAUGUCUAGAGGGAGGCACUGUUAGAUGUAAAUGUUUUAUAAAAAGGGAAACUGACUCGUCUGAUUUAUGGUAGGCUUGCUGAAAUGGGUGUUGCUGUGCUUUUCUUUACGUUCUCAAUAAAGAAAACAUUUCUAAAUGUCA